CGUAGAGAAAAUUUCCUCCACGGUGGUGAUCUCGAAGCCGCUUGUAGCGCUAUUUCAGGCGCCGCUUGCGUUGCAUCCGCAUCGCUUUCGCAAGAACUUUGUGUGGAUUAUGUCGCUUUUCCGGAAGGCGCUGUUGCGCAGAGCACUGAAGCAGUGGAAUGAACGGGCGCGCAGCGAG